AUUAAUCAUUUUUAUUUCUCCCCUCUCCUUCUUCAGCUUGUUUCUCUAUCUUUGUUUCAUCUUCUUCAUUCUUAUUUAUUUCGUCCACUGUAGACCCUCUCUCUCCCUCUCUCUCAAAAGUGUCCCUCAAAACAUUAAUUAUGCACGUAUCUGUAUGCUCAAUCUGCUAUUGUGUUGUGUUAUAACGACACUAUUUCUUUACCUUUCUUUUCAGUUUAGUGUCUCUUACUCUCUCUCAGUAAAGGAUUUUUAUUUUAUUUUUUCCUUUGAGAAUUUGAUGGAAGUAUCGAAACUUUAAAAUUAUAGAUUAGUUUUGUAUCAUAAAUUUUAAAGGGUUGAGCUUUUUUUUUUAUUUUGGUAAAAUUGGUAAAUUGGGCUUUAUUAUUUUCGUAACUUUGCUAUUGGUGAUUUUUUUAUUGGACUUAUUUGUUUGGAGCUUGCUAUUUUUAAGGGAGGUAAAUGUAAUUUUAUUGAAUAAAAAUGCUAAAUUAGUACUUUUAUAUAUAUAUAUAUAUAUAUAUAAAUUUUUCAAAUUUUAGGGGGCACCAAGCUAAAGCUUGGCUCCGUCCCUGAACGCCUCUCUCUCUCUCUCUCCACAAUUCACCCAACUCUACGAUCUUCAUUAUAUAUAACAGAUAGCCACAACACCAUGUCAAACCACCUCCUAUCCGUCUCUACCUUCGGCCUUUUCCUCCUACUCCUCGGAGGCUCCGCCUAUGGUCUCUUCAUAACCCACCGUCCAUUCUCGCCUGAUCUUAUUUCCGAUGGAAUCCACGACAGUGAUUCCAGUUGGGGGUCCUACCCUGUUCUCAACCGACUCUCCGCCGAGUCUUCAACUUCAACUUGCGACCAGACCUACGGGUUCUUGCCUUGCACCACCUCGGUAAUGGGAAACCUCUUCCUCAUGGUGGUGUACGGGUACCUCAUGUACUUCGCUGCCAUGUCAUUGACAGAAGGAAGCGAGCACUUGAUGAAAAUUCUAGGCCCUGGUAUUGUGGGCAGUCUCGUCCUUCCUAUUCUCGGUGCUCUUCCUGAUGCCAUGCUCGUUAUCGUAUCUGGUAUUUUUGGAACUACCGAAACUGCUCAAAGUCAAAUCUCUAUUGGAAUGGGAAUGGUAGCUGGGUCAACUGUUUUACUUCUUACAAUAAUAUGGGGAUCGUGUGUUAUUGCUGGGAAGUGCGACCUUGUUGAUUCAAUUGCGCUAGAUGCACAGGACACAAAAGGGUUUAAUUUAACUGAAUCUGGCAUUAGUACUGAUAUCUGGACUAGCUAUGCUGCAAGGCUGAUGUUAAUAUCUGUCAUCCCACUUUUAAUUGUUCAAAUACCACAAAUUCUCAAUUCAAUUUUAUGGAGGCACAUAGCAGUCAUGAUUGGGCUUAUUGCCUCUCUUCUUCUAUUUGUUUCUUAUAGCACUUACCAGGUCCUUCAGCCUAAGAUCCAAAAAAGAAAAAUUGACUAUGUGAAGCACAAGCAUGUUUUUUUAGGAUUUCUAAAGCAUCUAAAAAAACGUGCACUGGGAAGGCUGCUCGACGAGAAUGGCGAACCUGAUAGAGUGACCAUUGAAAACCUGUUUUCUUCAAUUGACGCAAAUCAUGAUGGACACAUUUCAGAUAGUGAAUUGAGAGCAUUGAUGGUUGGAAUUAAUUUUGAAGAAAUCGACCUGGAUCAGAGUGCUGCCGUAGAUAAAAUAAUGAAUGAUUUUGAUACAUCGGGUAAUUCUGUUAUUGAUAAGGACGAGUUUGUCAAUGGCAUUUCAAGAUGGCUAAAUAAGGCCAAGCUGGCUGCUGCUCGUAAUGCCGUUCCUUUCUCAAUAACAACGUUUAUUAAUGACUAUCACAAGAAAACAAAGAGAGAGCAUGAUCUGUUGGAUGUGGGUGGGAGUAAUGAAGUUGAGGGUGUUAAGAAAUCCAAACAGGCCUCCAUUAAGGCAGUGCUAUCGUUGUUGCUGGGAACUAUAAUUGCUGCUGCUUUUGCUGAUCCCCUGGUAGAUACUAUUGAUAACUUCGCUGAUGCCACUAGUAUUCCUGCUUUUUUCAUCUCUUUCAUUGUGUUGCCUUUGGCUACUAGCUCUAGGGACACUGUGUCAGCAAUUAGAUUAGCUAGCCAGGACAAGCGACAUACAGCCUCAUUAUCAUUUUCUGAGAUAUAUGCGACGGUAACGAUCCAUAAUGUCCUCUCUAUCCCGGUCUUCUUGGCCCUGGUUUACAUCAGGGGAUUGACAUGGGAUUUCUCAUCUGAAGUGCUGGUUAUUCUUAUUGUUAGCAUUGUGAUGGGUUCCUUGGGCAGCUUCCGCACCCAUUUCCCUCUGUGGACAUCUAUACUAGCUAUCCUACUUUACCCAUUCUCCCUGGCCCUGAUUUAUGUUCUUCAUUACUAUUAUGGCUGGUCAUAGACUCACGGAGAUCCCAAUAUUGUGAUUGUUGGGUACUUACAUUUCCUGUACGUAGAAUCGGACUUGUUUCUUUAAAUCCGGUGUGCUUGUUUAGUUUACUUAAAAUAAUGGGUUAUGCAGUGCAACUUGCAUCACCCUCUCUUAAAAGUUACCAUAACUUUUAAGUAGAGUUUGUGGUAAGUUUGUCCAAACCUCAUUUUCUUUCCUGUGUGUUUAUUUCUUAAAAAUAAA